UUAAGGUAGAGAGCAGAGAGACGGCUGGGGGCACAGGGAAGGGCUCCCAUCCUGCCGCUGGCCAGCAGCCGUCCUGCGUGGAGCUCCAGAGCUGGGCUGCACGGGCACCAGGGGCAGUGGACUAGAUACCCCUUUUUCUCUCUCUCUUCCCACCCCUAAAGGGUGAGUGAGCCAGGGGGAAGAGCUGGAAGAGACAGAGGAGCUAGAGGAGUUAGAGGAGCUAGAGGAGGAAGACGCCGAGAUGGGGAGUGGAGCGAGCGCAGAGGAUAAAGAAUUGGCCAAAAGGUCCAAGGAGCUGGAGAAGAAACUCCAGGAAGAUGCGGACCAGGAGGCCAAGACGGUCAAGCUGCUGCUGCUAGGUGCCGGGGAGUCAGGCAAGAGCACAAUCGUCAAACAGAUGAAGAUCAUCCACCAAGACGGCUACACACAAGAAGAGUGCCUGGAGUUUAAGUCGAUCAUCUACGGCAACGUGCUGCAGUCUAUCCUGGCCAUCAUCCGCGCCAUGUCCACGCUGGGGAUCGACUUCGCCGAGCCAGGGCGGUCGGACAACGGGCGGCAGCUGUGCAACCUGGCAGACUCCAUCGAGGAGGGCACCAUGCCCCCGGAGCUGGUCGACUGCAUAAAGAAGCUGUGGAAAGACAGCGGAGUCCAGGCCUGUUUCGACCGAGCAGCCGAGUACCAGCUCAACGACUCCGCUGCCUACUACCUGAACCAGCUGGAUCGGAUCACAGCCCCUGAUUACCUCCCCAAUGAGCAGGACGUGCUACGCUCUCGAGUGAAGACCACAGGCAUCAUAGAGACCAAGUUCUCGGUCAAAGAUCUGAACUUCAGGAUGUUUGACGUGGGAGGACAGAGGUCGGAGCGCAAAAAGUGGAUCCACUGCUUCGAGGGCGUGACCUGCAUUAUCUUCUGCGGAGCCCUGAGCGCCUACGACAUGGUGCUGGUAGAGGACGAUGAAGUGAACCGCAUGCACGAGUCCCUGCACCUGUUCAACAGCAUAUGCAACCACAAGUUCUUCGCGGCCACCUCCAUCAUUCUGUUCCUCAACAAGAAGGACCUCUUUGAGGAAAAGAUCAAGAAAGUCCACCUCAGCAUCUGCUUCCCAGACUACGACGGCCCCAAUACAUUUGAAGAUGCAGGAAAUUACAUCAAGAAUCAGUUCCUUGACCUCAACAUGCGCAAAGACGUGAAAGAAAUCUACAGCCACAUGACCUGUGCCACAGACACACAGAACGUCAAAUUCGUCUUCGACGCAGUCACGGAUGUCAUCAUCAAAGAGAACCUCAAGGACUGUGGUCUCUUCUAGACGCCAGCACCGCAGGGAGAUGGCAGGGAAAGAAGUCAACUUCCAUUUAGCAUCACUGUUCUGCUGAGCAGAGCCAGAGGACUAAGCAAAAAUGACUCAAGAACCCACACUCUAAGACCCGCCCGGUGCACAAGCCACAUCCCUCCAAGAACAAGCCAUCCAAUGAGGCUAAACUUCCUGCAGCCCAGCUGUGAUGCCCUCCUCUUUUAAAAAGUUUCUCUGCAGUCUGUAGCACUGCUGCUUAUAAGAGAAACAGAAGAGCAUGCUCGGAAACAGAAGAGCAAGUAGUCACCAGUACAUCAAAUGGAUACGUUAUACUAAGCUUUACAUCUCCGCAUGUAAACAACAUUACAAACCUCCACGGAAGACGGUGAAAGCAAUGCUUCUGUGGAACGCAAGAGAAAACCCCACCCCAGCCCGGUCUAUUUUGUGGAAACCCUUAAAAAAAUCCAUAGUGGUGUGAACUGAAAGAUAUCACUGGGAGUGGACAAUGGACCAGAUUUAAGUUUAACCUCAAAUGUAACUAAUCCCUCAGUCCUUGGUUUAGAAGUUAACCCAUUUACCAGCUGUAAAUAAAGCCCCCAAGAAUUGAGACGCUUUCAAACCUUCCACUGGAAAAAUUAACAUUUGCUGCUCCCUGCAACUGCUGCAAUUUGUCCCCACAGCCUUAAGUAGCCGAUUGAAUUUAUUUCUAGUAUCCAAUUUUCUCUCUGUAUUAGAUAGCCUGGAAGGCUGAUGAGCCCCCACCUGUUCUCUCUAUCCAGUGUAGUGGCACAGAUGCUAGCUGCUGUCUCCUGGAUGCUGAGAGUAGCAGAUCACAGGACAGCAAGACAGCUGAAUUGAUUGGGGUCUGGCAAUCAUUUCACAGCGGUGGGGGGAGAGCAGGUCAGACACAAAGAGGAAACAGUUACGGAAAAGAUUCCCAGUCUGCUAUUUAGAGCUGUAUGUCCUCUCCAGUGUAAAUAAGUCUGUGCUAUCAUUAGAGACAUGGUUACUUGCAUCUUCAUGUUUGCUGCAGAUAAUCUCUUCUAUGGCAUCAACUAAGCAGUAGUAAACCCAAAAUAAAGGCACGUGCAUGGAUCGGGUGGCUGUCCUUUGUUCUGGGCUAGCUGUGUGGAAAACAAUGAUACCUCAAGAUUAAAUUCUUGAUGCUGAAAACAUAAGCCACAGGAAUGCUCAGAGGCCGCAAUAGGUUUGUGUGCCACAUACCGGACCUUGUCCUGUAGCUGCUACACACAGAGCUCCCAGUGCGACCACCAAUAGCUGCAGGUG